AUGGUACGUAAACAUGUAUUUGUUAAGCGUGAAGUGAUCUCAAUCCACGUUGGUCAGGCUGGUGUGCAAAUCGGUAAUGCCUGCUGGGAACUAUACUGCCUAGAACACGCCAUACAGCCUGAUGGAACGAUGAUCGAUUAUAACGAUGGUGAACAGGACGCUUACAACACGUUUUUUGCUGAGACAAGGCAAGGCAAACACGUGCCAAGAUGUCUUUUUGUCGACCUCGAACCCACAGUUGUCGAUGAGGUUCGAACUGGCACUUAUCGAACACUCUUCCAUCCGGAACAAUUGUUGUCUGGAAAAGAAGACGCAGCGAAUUGCUAUGCUAGAGGAAGAUACACUGUUGGCAGAGAGAUGAUCGAUGUCGUAAUGGAUCGAUUGCGUCGUCUUGCCGAAAGCUGCAAAGGAUUACAA